UUGAAUCCAUCGAGCAGGCGCGUCGUACUCUCCUCUCGUUCCGCUGCGUUCCAUUCAGCAGUUCCGCGACCAUUUACUUAUUGUUUUUGUGCUUUUAUCAGCGACAAAAAAACGAAACAAAAUAAAUAAAAAUAACGGCGAAACAAAAAGUGAAACAAAUUCGUGACGCGGCUGAUUAUUUCUUUAUUUUUUGUGUCAACAGUGUGUGCAGUGCAAUGUGACUGUGAAGCGCAAAGACACAAAUUAACUAAAAAAAAAAGUGAUUUAAAACACUUCAACCCCAAAAACGGUGCCCCUUGAGACACUUAAUUAUAUUCAAAGUUAAAAAAAAAAUACUCUACCCCUAGAGUAUUUAACAGACUAUUAAAAACCUGAUGGCAACAACAACAACAACCCAGGCAGCAGGAGCUGCACCAGCUCAUAAUUUAUUGCCCGCCAGCAAUAAUAAUAUAAAUAAUACCCUUAAUAACAAUAAUAACAACAGUAACAACAACAAUAAUAAUAACAACGUGAUAAGCCAGCCGAUUAAAAUACCGCUGAGCGAGCGCUUCUCAUCGCAAACAUCGACGGGUUCGGCGGACAGUGGGGUAAUUGUUUCCAGUGCAUCACAGCAGCAACUGCAGCAGUUGCAAUUGCCGCCACCCCGCAGCAGCAGUGGCUCAUUGAGCUUGCCGCAGGCGCCACCUGGCGGCAAGUGGCGUCAGAAGCAGCAGCGCCAGCAAUUACUGCUCAGCCAGGAUAGCGGCAUCGAAAAUGGUGUAGCCACCCGCCAGCCCAAGGUCAAGGACACUCAGGGUGCGGGAAAGGGCAAGCCGAGCCACAAUGCCAUCAACUCGAAGGAGGCCGGAGCUCAGUCGAACAGCAGCAGCGAAAGUCUGGGCAGUAAUUGCUCCGAGACCGAGGAUCAGCAGAGGAUAAGGGCCUCGUCCGCUCUGGAACUCAGCAGCGUGGAUAAUCCCACUGUCCUGGGUGUGGGCAAUGUGGGCAAUAACAUCCUGCGCAGCCGCACUAAGUACAAGAGUACCAAUAGUACCGGCACCCUAGGAUUCGAUGUGGAGGAUCGCAUCGAGGAGGUGGAUAACUGUGAUGACGUGGACAUCGAGGAGGAGGACGACGGCGUGAAUGUGGACGACGAUGUCGAGGAGGCCGACAACCAGUCGGACAGCCAGUCGGGCAUUAUAAUAAACCUCAAGAGCAAGACCACCGAGCAAGAGGAGGCGGCGGCAGCGGCGGCGGCAAAGGAAGAUGAGGUCAAACCCAAAGCCCGAUUGCUGCCACCCGAUCAGGCGGAGUUAACGGUGGCAGCGGCCGUGGCCCGUCGCCGCGAUGCCAAAAGUCUGGCCACCGAUGGCCACAUAUAUUUCCCCCUGCUCAAGAUCAGCGAGGAUCCGCACAUUGAUUCCAAGCUGAUCAACCGCAAGGAUGGCCUCCAGGAUACCAUGUAUUAUCUGGACGAGUUCGGCAGUCCCAAGUUGCGGGAGAAGUUCGCCCGCAAGCAAAAGCAGCUGCUUGCCAAGCAGCAGAAGCAGAUGAUUAAGCGGGAGAGGAGGAGCGAGGAGCAGCGCAAGAAGCGCAACACCACCGUGGCAUCCAAUUUGGCGGCUAGCGGCGCGGUGGUGGAUGAGACCAAAGAGGACGAUGAACAACAACAACCACACUGUGAUACUAGCUCUAGGAGCAAACAUAACUCGGUACCCAAUCCCCCCAGCCAUGUUCAUCAUAAUCAUCAUCUCGUCGUGGAUGUGGAGGAGGAUGUGGAUUCCACCAACAACGUGGACAAUGGUGUGGUCAAGAUGCGACGCCACAGCCACGACAACCACUACGACAGAAUCCCCCAGAGCAAUGCAGCAACCAUCACCACCCGCCCUAAAAACGAUCACCAGUCGCAGGACAUCGAGGACAUCGAGCAGGGGGCGGAACCCGAACUGGGAGGAGAAGCGGAUGCGGAUGCGGACAGCGAUGAGAGCGGCGAGAACGUUAAGACUGCCAAAUUGGCCAGAACUCAGUCCUGCGUCAGUUGGACCAAAGUGGUGCAAAAGUUCAAAAAUAUAUUAGGUCGCGAUGGUUCCAAAAUUACAACAGUUGUUGCAACACCCGGCCAAGGCACCGAUCGUGUACAAGAGGUCUCCUAUACAGACACAAAGGUCAUCGGCAAUGGCAGCUUCGGCGUCGUGUUUCAGGCAAAGCUCUGCGAUACCGGCGAACUGGUGGCAAUCAAAAAAGUUUUACAAGACAGACGAUUUAAGAAUCGCGAAUUGCAAAUAAUGCGCAAACUGGAGCAUUGUAAUAUUGUAAAGCUUUUGUACUUUUUCUAUUCGAGCGGUGAAAAGCGUGAUGAAGUAUUUUUGAAUUUAGUCCUCGAAUAUAUACCAGAAACCGUAUACAAAGUGGCUCGCCAAUAUGCCAAAACCAAGCAAACGAUACCAAUCAACUUUAUUCGACUCUACAUGUACCAACUGUUCAGAAGUUUGGCCUACAUCCACUCGCUGGGCAUUUGCCAUCGUGAUAUCAAGCCGCAGAACCUUCUGCUCGAUCCGGAGACCGCUGUGCUGAAGCUCUGUGACUUUGGCAGCGCCAAACAGCUGCUGCACGGCGAGCCGAAUGUAUCGUACAUCUGCUCUCGGUAUUACCGCGCCCCCGAGCUCAUCUUUGGCGCCAUCAAUUAUACAACAAAGAUCGAUGUGUGGAGUGCCGGUUGCGUGUUGGCCGAGCUGCUGUUGGGGCAGCCCAUCUUCCCUGGCGAUUCCGGUGUCGAUCAACUCGUCGAGGUCAUCAAGGUCCUGGGCACACCGACAAGAGAACAGAUACGCGAAAUGAAUCCAAACUAUACGGAAUUUAAGUUCCCACAAAUUAAGAGUCAUCCAUGGCAGAAAGUUUUCCGUAUACGCACUCCUACAGAAGCUAUCAACUUGGUGUCCCUGCUGCUCGAGUACACGCCCAGCGCCCGGAUCACACCGCUCAAGGCCUGUGCACAUCCGUUCUUUGAUGAGCUGCGCAUGGAGGGAAACCACACCUUGCCCAACGGUCGGGAGAUGCCGCCGUUGUUCAACUUCACAGAGCAUGAACUCUCGAUACAGCCUAGCCUGGUGCCACAGUUGCUGCCCAAGCAUCUGCAGAACGCAUCCGGGCCCGGUGGCAAUCGAUCCUCGGCCGGCGGAGUGGCCUCCGCUGCGGCCAGCGGCUCCACCAGCGUCUCGUCAACGGGCAGCGGCGCCUCGGCGGAAGGAUCCGCCCAGCCACAGUCGCAGGGCACAGCCGUGGCUGCGGCAGCUGCGGGAUCGGGAGGAGCAGCAGCAGGAGCCGGCGGGGCGAGUGCCGGAGGACACGGAUCGGGCAACAACAGCAGCAGCGGCGGCGGAGCAUCGGGAGCGCCGUCUGCCGUGGCAGCUGGUGCCAAUGCGCAGCAGGGCAAUGCCGCCGCCGCCGCUGGAGGCGGUGGGGGCGGAGCGGCGGCCGCUGCUGCCACAGCAGCUGGCGCAAUGGCCGCGACCAGUGCCGGCGGCGCCAACGUGACAGGUUCGCAGUCGAACAGCGCCCUGAACAGCAGCGGAAGUGGCGGAAGUGCCAGCGGAAAUGGAGAGCCAGCAGGAUCGGGAUCUGGAUCGGGAUCGGGAGGCGGCACUGGCGGCGACAACGACGCUGGCGACAGUGGAGCAGCAGGAUCUGGAGGUGGUGCAGCAGAAACCGAGGCCGCGGCGUCGGGUUAGCGCGGUGGAGGCGUUCUGUUUAUCUAAUCUUAUUCCAGGACAUUCGCUCUGGCCGGGGAUUAAGUUUUCCAUUUUCAACCAAGGAGCAAGAGCGACACGGCAAGAUCACCAAACCACACACACAGUUACACUCAAAAAAAAAGAGGAGAAAGAAGUCACUGCAAAAGCUAAGAAAAAUGAUAGACAAAAGAAAUUCACGUUACAACACACCCACCCAAACUCUAAAAACAAACACACUAACAGCCCCACACUUCCCCAACCACCCCACACACACACCCACCCCACACACACACAUGUAUGUAUGUAUCUAGCUAUAUUAUGCAUUGGGCGCAAGCAAAUAUUUAGCAUAAAACUCGAAAGAAAACAAAAAACUUUAAACUAUGCAUAAAUAAUAAUUAAAAUAAUAAUCUGUAUUAUUGAACAAAGAAAUACCCUGGAAGAAUGUUGAGAAAUAAUCGGAAAAACCCUCGCCCCUGCGCCCUGCCCUCCAAUAUAGUAAAUAAAAUUUAACAAAUAACUCGCGAAACGUAAUAAAACUUAAGUAAAAAAAUCACAAGAAAAAUGAGAGAAUACUUAGUGAAAUAAAUCAAAAUUUUUUGCCCCGUUUAACGUUUAUAUAUAUGCGGUUAUACAAAUAUAACGAUCACAGCAGUUAGCAAUCCAUAGUAAAAAGUAAAAGGCGGCAAUGUGAGGAGAACUAGAAAAAAGAAGGAUACCACAUUUACUAAACUCGCGCAAGUGCAUCUAUAUAAAUACGAUAUAGAUAUUAUAUUAUAUACGAGAUAUUAACAAGUCAUUCGUAAUCCUAGUAGCAACCCAACCCAUGAACCGGAGCCCCAAAACCCAACCUUCAAUCCUUCCCGUAAGUCCCACUCGUAAACCAGGUAAAAGAAACGUUCCACGUAUAGCAACAUUUCCAUGGCCUGUUCUUAAGUAACGUCUAGCAUUAACUACGAUUAUCUAAGAAAGCGAUCGUCAAAAUGCAAUAUACACUAAAAACACUAUAUAUAAAUACAAAGAACAUAACAAAUUGAUGAAAAAGUAAAUGGAUGUAUGAAUGAGGAAAACGCUUUUAGCGCGCGACGCCACCCAUAAACUUAAAUUAACAAUGCAAAUAAAGAGGUAAUAAGAUGGUAAAGCCAGGAUCUUGAUAUAUGUAAAAGUAAUCGACAAAACCCAUUUAGCUGCAAUUGAAAAUUUAAACUAAUUUAAUACAAAUUGAAGUAAAAUACGAUGAAACCGAUGAUGGUUUUAGAAUGUAAGGCCUUAGAUCAACCGGAAACUCCUGCGCGACUAUAGUACUACCCCUCGGUUCGAUUUAUUCCACUAUCCCUAUCCCUUUUAAAGCCACCCAGUGAAACUGUUUAGAUCUCGUUUUGAAAUCUGCGAUUAUUUCCCAGAACUUAAAGCCCUAUAAAAAGCUAAGUAAACAAAAGAAAAACCAAAAACCAAAAGAAAUAAGGAAAGGCAAGUCUAUUUGUAUGUAUUUCCAUAGAACUCCUUAAAUAUUAUAUGAGAACAUAUAUUUUUUUUUCUAACUAAAUGAUACAUUUAUACAAUUAAUGAACGUUGAGUUUUGUUGCAUCAAAACUAAUUAAAUUUAACUAUAUAUACUUAUAUGUACACACCCACACACGGACACACACGUACAUUCAGACAUACUCACACGCACAUACGCCUAUUAUUUAAAAACAAAUUGAAAAAAGCAAAGAUUUUCAAACUAAAUUCCCAAACCUUUUUAGUAAAUAAUCUAAGUAAACAUGGGACAGGAUAUAUAUAAAUCAGACAAACACACAGAGUUUAAUUUGUAAUUUGAAAUUUAAAGAGAGAAAAAUAAAAACCCAAAACAAUAUAUAUACACACAUAUAUUGAAUAGAACAACAUACUUAUAUAUGAUGAACAAUUUCAGCGUUUCGCUUAAAUUAUGAGGCAACAACCACAAGAAAAUCCAAAACAAACUUAAACUUAAUUAACAAAUAAACACAAACAUAAACUAAUUGCAAAAAUAAAAAAUGGG